GUACAGAUAAUCAACGAUUGAUUGAUUACAGUAGUGGAGUCACUUACAGGUCACUUAUCUUCAGUGUUCAUUCAUCGCUUGACGACUUCAUGCAACGGCUAAAAAAUCUCUUGGAUAUCACGUACAUAUGAAACAGUACUUAAGGGAGCGGUCAACAAAUCAUGAGCGAACACUUUGCUUCCACCAUUGUUGUCAGUCAUGAGGAGUCUUUCAUUCGCUUUCACUCUCCUUUUUGCUGCAAUCGCAGUCAUUGCGUCCAACUCUCACGACUUCGGAGCCAAAAAUCCUCAUGCUCGCCAUGCAGUUCAUGCUCGCCGUUCUGCGGUCUCGAGGCGGUGCAAAAAUCGCCCUAGCCCUUCUUCGACAUCCGCAGUGGCUAAUGAUAAUGCAGUCCAGUUCAGCUCUAGUACAAGUAGUAGCUCCUCGGCUACUACUUCAAGCCCUACAUCUUCUUCAGCCUCAGCUCAGUCUUCCGCUUCCACAAACAACAGCAGUGGAAUCUGGAACGGUGCUAGUUCUCUUUUGUCGGUAGUCUCUUCUUGUGGUGAUAUUGGUGCUACUUUGGAUAUCACUUCUCAAAGUGGUCCAAAUGGAAACAUCUACUGGAUGAAUUGUGGUGUUAGCGACAGCGGAUGGAAUCCAACCUAUGUCAAUAUCAAUCAGAUCAUCGUGAAAGAUUUUGCUACAGCUCUGCAGGACUCGAACACGCCAUUCAGUGCUUGUAGUUCGUAUACUGACAAGUUUUAUGAAUACGGACAACAAUUCGGUAUCCCUCCCAUCGUCAUCGCAUCGUUCGCCAUGCAAGAAUCUUCUUGCGACCCUACUACUGUCGGAGGAGCCGGUGAGCAAGGCCUGAUGCAGCUCACGUCUGACAAGUGCACGUCUGCUCCCAAUGGCGAUUGUCAAGAUAUCGACUACAAUAUCAAGACAGGUACUCAGUAUUUCAAGAGUCUUCUGGACGACAACAACGGGGAUGUAUUGCUCUCGAUUGGUUCCUACAAUGGUUGGUUUAAAGGAAUGACAUAUGCGGAUGCCACUGCUGCAGCUUCGACAGGAUGUUGCAGGUGCCAGAACAAUCUUGACUAUCUCCAUCAGUUCCUCAAUGGAUGGUGUCAGAAUGUUAAUGCCUACUCUGAUAACCUCGGCAUGUACCACAACCUCGAUGCUUGUCCCUCUGGUUGAGUGAGAGUUUUUUGCUAAACGCUCUUUUGCACAUACCUAUCUGGGCCCAUGAUUUUUGCAUACCGUACUCCACCACUCUUUUAUAACGUAUUUUAUAACGUACCCAGCAAUAUCUAACUAUAUAUUAUUUAUGUAUACCCCCGCAAGGAAAGAUAGUUAACAAAUUUGUGAGC